AUGGCAGAGUUUUUAAUGAGCGAAGCCGAUCUCAUGACCCGACAUCUGCGAAUAGCAUCACCAACGAGACGAACGAGCGCGCUACCCACGAAGCAGCCCCCAAAGCAACCCACUAGGCAACCCAUACCGAAAGCAACGAUGUCGGCACCUCGGCGACAGAUGACGGAUCGUGGCGCGGCCGUAUACGCCGCCGUAGAAAAGAGCGAACAGAGUACCGAAUGUCUCUGUUGCGGCGCCGCACACGUAACGCCGAAGUGUAAGAAGCUGAACGACAUGUCGUUAUCGGACAGAUGGGAGUGGGCGAAAACAAAUAAGAUGUGCUUCCAAUGCAUGAACAGCACGCACAGAAGGUUCAAGUGUAAGGCACGCAAAUGUGGUGUGAGAGAGUGUCGUAAGCCACACCACGCCCUGCUGCAUCCCCCAGAAGAGCCGCCGAAGCGGCAAGAGGACACCGCGAUUACAGCCGCAGCACGCUUGCCAGAGAACAGCCAAGUGUUGUUAAAGGUGUGUCCCAUCAUCGUGAAAGGCAAGACGGGACGCGAAGUAGAGACGUACGCGAUGCUAGAUGAAGGCUCGACGGUUACACUCAUCGAUGCGGAGAUCGCAGAACAGAUCGGAGCCGAAGGUCCGACGCGAUCUCUGAGAAUUCAGGGAGCGGCCUCGAGCUGGCACGAAGCCUCAAGCCGAGUGGCUGAUGUCAUCAUCAGAGGGCGACACCAUACGGACGAAGAACACUCGGUGAGGGCGCGUACGAUCCGGGAUCUCACCCUAGGAACGCAGCGAGUGAACCCGGAAAUACUCGCGUACGGACACCUGCGACAACUCACUUGCGAGCAAGUGUGCUACGAAGAUGCCAGACCCAAGGUCUUGAUCGGGUCAGACAACUGGCAUCUGAUUGUUACGCGGAAGCUGCUCACAGGAAGGCACAAUCAACCCGCAGCGUCGCUGACACGACUGGGAUGGGUCAUCCACGGAACGGUACCCAGAAGUGUCGUGGAAGACGAGGAACAUGUCCUCCACGUGCGGUUGACACAGCGCAACGCCGAGCCAGACAUGCGGCAUAUAGAGGGCAUAAUAAAAGCGCAUUACGACAUCGACGCGUUGGGUAUAUCGUCGAAGAGAUUACCCAUCGCUAAGGAGGAGCGCGCCGUCGCCACAUUCAACUGCACAGCGACGAGAGUGGAUGGGCGAUACGUCGUAGGAUUGCCGUGGGAGAGAGAUAACGUCAUUCUACCUCCCAGCUACGACAUGGCAGCGAGCCGACUGAGGGGAAUAGAGCGGCGGAUGGAUCGCUCUACGGAAUUCCGGCUGGCGUAUACCGCGGAGAUAAACAAGUUGUUGGACAAGGGUUACGCCGAGAAAGUAACCGACGACCGGUUCGACAACGACCGCGCGUGGUACCUUCCCCAUUUCGGAGUGACGAAUCCGAAUAAACCCGGAAAGCUGCGACUCGUAUUCGACGCCGCGGCCCGUUCGAAGGGAAUUUGCUUGAACGACGCACUGCUGGAUGGGCCAGAUAUGCUACGGUCGCUUAACGGUGUGUUAUACCGUUUCCGCGAGAAGCCCGUAGCUAUCACGGCGGACAUACGAGAGAUGUUCCUGCAGAUUAAGAUACGGGAAGAAGAUAGAGCAGCACAACAGUUUCUGUGGCGAGGAGAUGACAGGAUUAACCCGCCGCAGAAAUACGUAAUGACCUCAAUGAUUUUCGGGGCGAGGAGCUCACCGUUCAUCGCACACAGCGUUCGAGACAGAAACGCGGCAGAGCACCGAGAGUCGCACCCGUCAGCGUACACCGCCAUAACAAGGAACCACUACAUGGACGACUGGGUCGAUAGCUUUGACUCCGAAGAGGAAGCAGCCCGCGCCAUACGAGAGGUAGCAGAGGUUCAUGGCGGGAUAGGAUUCACGCUGGCGGGUUGGAAUACAAACCGACCGAGCCUGCUAGAGAAUGUGAGUGAGGACCAGCGAGCGAGGACGCCGAAGGAACUGGGAGCCAACGCACAUCCAUACGGAAAGACAUUGGGGUUAUUGUGGAUGUCAGCCGAAGACCAGCUGGCGUUCAACACCGGCAUGCCACGCGUCCCACGAGAAGUGAAGCACGGCACACGGAUACCGACGAAAAGGGAAGCCCUAGGAGCGGUGAUGUCAUUGUUCGACCCGCUCGGGCUGCUGAGCCCUUACACCAUCACGGCAAAAAUCAUCUUGCAGGCGCUGUGGGUGCAGAAGGUCGAAUGGGAUGACCCUCUGCCCGCCGAGGAAGCGCGGACGUUCCAGGAAUGGAGAGACGACCUAGCGUAUAUAGAGGAACUAAGAUUGCCGCGAUGGUAUGGCACGAACGACAGCCAACGGUCGCAACUGCACGUAUUCACGGACGCAAGCGAACAGGCAUAUGCCACAGCCGCGUAUUGGAGGACGGAACGCGGGGAUCGUAGCGUUGACGCAGUCCUAGUAGCAGCCAAAGCGAGGGUAGCGCCCAUGAAAGCGCAGAGUAUACCCCGGAUGGAGCUUCAGGCGAGCCUGGUAGGACCCCCACUGGCCGCUGACGUACUGAAAGGACGUCGUCGCGCGGCCGAAGUCUUCCUAUGGACGGUCUCGAAGAAGACGCUACAUUGGACUAGGAACGACACCGCUCGAUACAAUCCACACGCGGCCCGCCGGAUGGCAGAAAGCGCCGAACAUACAGAACCAACACAGUGGCGCUGGGUACCGACCGCCCACGACGUAACUAACGACGCGACCCGCGCGAGAUAUACAAUACGGACCGCCGCCGACAGAUCCGUCGGGCCGGCGCUUGUGUACGCUCCAGAGAAAGAACGACCCAAGGAAAGCAAGCCCGUCCCUGCAGAGACAGUAGCCCGUGCCCGGGCGAAGGCAAAGCCCGUAAUGGACAGAAUGCGGUUCUCCUCAUAUGACCGAGUGAGGAGGACCCCGGCACAGGUGCUGCUGCUCGCAGAAGAAUACAGGCGACGGGCAUGGAAGCUGGGCCGGGAGCGCCCCGCCGAAGCGGGGAAAUGGGUCAAGUGGCGUUGCGGUGAACGCGGACGGACGGACGGACGCGAGGGAAUUUUUCGAAGGCCGACCCGAAGGCUGGUGGUCCUCCCUAGGGAUAAGGGCUGCGAAGAUCUGCGCCGGGGGGAGGCUGUUGCGGACCACGAGCAAACACCAGGCCAUAGUUUGAUGGUAUUAAAUAAAUCAUAUUAUGGUAACCACCGCUGGAAAACUAAAGUACCAACAGUCCACGAACCGUGCAGUAUAGAAAUUGGGUUGGAGGUAUCUGAAGAAAACAAUAAGUUUGAUAAUAGGGUACUUGUACAAAAAUGA